CACACACUAAAACAAAAACUUGAAAAAACAUAUCGAACUGAUGACAUAAGAAAAACUUAUAUAAAGUUAUUAAUAAAAGGUACACAGUUCAAAGCCAAGUGACACUUUGAAAAUUAGGAUAGUUUUCACGAAUCAGUGAAAAUUAAAUAAAAUAAAAAAUUGACUAUGGAACUGGGUAGAUCAGACUGAAUAAGAAAAUAAAUCAAAGUGUGUCGAUUUAAAUUAUGAAACAAUUGAACGAUAUUUCGAAUUUGAAAAUAGAAUACAAAAAAGAACACUGAAGAAACCUUAAAAUUUAAAAAUCGAAGUGACAACGAAUAAACAGUGCUUGUAAAACUAUACAGGGUGUGAAAAAUGCAGUGAUUUCGUGUGACAGUUGGAUGUGGUGAAUGGAACAGUGAUGUUAUCUGUGUGCGUGUGUGUGUAACAUGCGUGUGCUGACGCUGUUUGUGUGCCUGUGUGCGCAGGCUAUUGGAUCCAGGGUGAUACUGGUGGAAAAUGCUCCAACCUGCUUCCGACGAGUACUGGCCGGUCGCCGCGCCGUCCGCAGCCACGUCCGAAGAGUGGUGCACUGCGAGAGACUUGAAGAUUGUCGGCGGGAGUGCGGUGAAGAAAGGAGGUUUCAUUGCGAGAGCUUCAACUACAGAUUGGACCCCUCCUUCCGCGGUAAAGGUCUUUGCGAGCUGAUGACCAAGCCCAUCGAAGCCUUCGACCUUCGCCGGGACUUUGUUGACGAUAAGGACUACGACUUCUAUGAGAUAGACCGGAACAGCUUGGAGCCGAACUGCCCCGAGUCUCUAAGAGGACCAGGUCUUCUUCACUCUGGUUACCUCUCCUCAAAACCCUCGCAGCCUGCUGCAGCCUCCUGGGCUCCAAGUUGGGACAGGCUGGACUUCCACGGCUCCAGUCAUCAGGACAGGUUCUAUGAUGACCGGCAACCGGGACGUCCGGGACGUCCAGGACACAGGAGAUAUGAGGAUCAGUUCUACAUCCCAUAUCAGAUUGGCUUAGGCCGCAGCAACGACGACCAGGCAUGGGGCCAAUACGGCGGUGUGUACGGUGGCGACACCUAUUACAAAAAUCGGAACGACUAUCACAAGUCCAUCAACUAUUGGAGACUGUCGACGGAUUCGGAUCUCGAGCAAGUAUGUUCCAUAUUUGCAGGCGUCCGACCCUGGGGCUUCAAAACCGACUUCAACUACAACGACCUACGAAGAGACGGAGACGACGAGAUCCAUCCCUACUCCUACGGCUCCUGGAAGAGGGGGAGGUGGAACAACUCGGGUACGGGGAAUGGACUGGAUUAUGGGGAGUCCAACUUUUAUAAGCCGAGUUAUGGACCUCCUAAGAAAGGGCCAGAGUGCACAUCCGAGCGUCGCCCCGGCCUGUCCCUAAGCACGGGCUCCAUCAGAAGAUCCCUCCUGGCCCACAACGUUCUCGAAUGUGAGGCGGCUUGCUUCGAGGAGAGAGAGUUCAAAUGUGUCUCCUACAGUUAUCGGUACUCCAACUCACACGGCUCUGACAACUGCUUCCUCAGCGAGCGUCCUUACAGAGGACUCGACUUGGCCACGGACAGUGGAUCAGAUGUGUACGCAAUGCCACAGGACUGUGCUGUCUCCGUCUCACAUAGACCUUGGGUUGAGAGCGAAUGUUUCUGGCACGUCCGUUCUGGCGUGGCAGUCUCAGAAUCCAUUGCCAGAGCGGCAAUAACAGUGGCUGGGCUUGGUGCUUGCGAGGCUGAGUGCAUCAGAGCGCAAGGAUUCUUCUGUAGAGUAUUUAGCUUCAGGUUUUCUGCUCCAACAAUAGGCGAAGACCUCCCCAACUGCAUCCUAACCUCUUCGCCCCCCACGUCCCUCUCCGCCGGGCGGGGGCUACGCCCUUCUAAGGGACACGAGUUAUACUCUAGGGGAAACUAUGGAAGGGGCUGCGAGCCGGCCCUGUUUGAUAAUACUGCCGUCAGCGAGCCUAAGAAAGAAUGCUACCUCCAAUACGACAACGCUGCCAAACUGAUGGGUUCUGCAAUUAAGGGCCACGCCAGGGUACGGGAUGAGCAGUCCUGUGGAAUAGCGUGUACUGAUGCUCCAUUCAGAUGUCUCAGCUUUUCUUUCAACAACAUCGCUCCUCCCGGAGUGGACAACUGCCUCCUCUCCGAGAUCCGGCUCUUCGAUCUACAGAAAGGCGUGGACUAUGAACACUCCACAGACGAUUGGCUCUUCGCGUUUGAUCUCUUCAACGGACAGUGCUGGAGGAAGGUGCAUGGGAAGGAUUUUGAUGACCACGCGGGAGAGUUGCCCCGACCGUUAUUACCACCUGUCCAGACAUAUCCAGGCUUAGAUCGACCGGAUGCCAGUGGACCUGGCUAUCUGCCUGCCCCUGAAGUUCCUCCGUACAUCUCUGGUCCACCAUCGGGCCCACCAUCCGGCCCACCAUCCGGCCCACCAUCCAGCCCACCAUCCGGCCCUCCAUCCGGCCCACCAUCCGGCCCAACAGGCCCUUACCCACCCGAUAAACCUUACAUACCUGGCUUCAAACCUAACUACCCUUACCCAGAUCCUAGACCAGAAUACCCUAACUACAAACCGUUUGAGCCCUAUCUUCCAUCUAGUCCUAGUGGCUCUGGGUAUCCUGGGUCAGGGUAUGAGAAGCCAGGUUAUCUGCCUAUAGAAAGGCCUGGGUAUAGGCCUGAGGGUAGGCCUCUACGGCCUAUUGAAAGGCCCUAUCCUGGUGAGAAAGAAGAUGGACCAAUCGCAGUAUCCUGGAGCAAAUACACCGUGUCAGGAUUCCCGUGUCGAGCUGGGACCACCUGUGCUCAGAACCAUGUUGCUGGACAUUGGGCCUGCGAGCCCGAGGGAGGGGAAGUAGGAUCUUGGGACUACUGUUGUGCUCCAAGCCAUCGUUGUGGAUACAGCGAAGGAUUUAGCAAGCCUUGGUGUUACGUUGGACCAGAACACGACCAAUGGCGUCCAUGUAGUGAAAAAUACUACCCGUACCAUCAGCAUAAUGUACCACAUCCGUCCCAGGGUCAUAGAGAUCCCCCCUCCCGCCUCCCCGGCAGACCAUGGUCUGGUAGACCGGGAUACUUUGCCGAUGACAGAGACAAACCUAUACUGGGCCCGUACAUAUCGGAGGCAGACAGAAAAUACUGGGACGAUUUGUACAAAGACGGUCCGAAGGCGUACUACGAUCAAUAUGGGAAUCCUUUACCUGGGUACACCCGCGUGCCAGCAAUGAGCCGGCCGCACAUCAGGUACCAGCACACGUACCCGCGGCCCGGCGGGCAGUGGGCGCCGCAGCAGCUCGCCGCGCCGCACGAGCUCGACCCGCCCGUGCCUGGAGGUCUUGGGGUGCCAAGAUAUUGGCCAGUUGCAUACCUCCACAAGGGUCCCCCGCCGAAUAUAACUUAUUUUAAGUUUAAUGAAUCGAUUCCAACUACUACUGAAAAACAUGGUUUCUACCCGGAGAGACCCGAAAGACCUAGACCUGAUAGGCCAAUCAGACCAAACGGAAUAGAUAGAAAUGACAGACCAGACCCACCAAGAACAAAACCCGGCGAAUUUGUCAAAAUCAACACUGAAAAACCAAAUAAUGAUCUAGAUAUAAAGAGUCAUAGGGAUGAAAAGACAAGGAACAUUGUCAAUAUUACUGAUAACGUUCAAGACGAAAUAGAAAAAGCUAAAAUAACUACGCCUAAAAUAGACAUAAAAGCAAAAGAGGAACCAGAAGAAAAUAUAGUGAAAGAAGCUAAAGUUAACAUUUCUGAUGUAGAAAUAGUUAAACCGGUGAUUGUUAGCAAAGAUAAUGAUAAAUUAAAAGGAAUCGAUGAUAAGCUAGAAGAUUUGACCGAAUCCAUCGAAGUUCUGGAUAUUGAAGAUGCUAAAAAAGGUGAAAAGGAAUCAGAUUUGAAAACGUUAGAAGCAGAAGAACAACAAAUUGAAGCUAUCGGUAGACUGCUAGCUUCGCGGCGCGGCGGUCAACUGAUCAUAGAAAAAAGAUCUCAAAAAGACUUGGAAUCUAAAAACAUAGCUGUUGAUAAAGACCUAGUCGAUUUCAACUUUGGUAAUCGAUUUCCUACUACUGAAAGAAGAGGGAUAAUUCAAAAAGUUACAAAAGAAGAGAUAGAAAGAGAGAAAAACAAUGAUAGGAGCUUGGAAGUGAGUGAGACAACAUUCGUGAGGCCACCAAGGGUAUUAAGCACAACAGAAAACAUACGCAAAGCGAUUGUCAAUGGAAAAGUCUUCUACGAUGCUACUAUAAGAGAGCAAAGAGAUAUUUACAACAAUGCUACAAGAAAACCUAGAAAUUUUAGAUAUCUAGAGGAAAAUAGGGCACCUUCAGUUUUAAGCAGUAAUAAUUAUGGCAAGAAAAAGACAAUUAAAGCAAGAAACGUAAAUCCUGUAAGAAGAGUUCGUAGGGUUUAUAGAAAGAGGUAUAAUCCAGAGGAAGUGAGAAAGAGAUUGUUGGAAAGAGAGAAAAGUUUGAAAGAGGCUAAAGAAGCGAAAGCGUAAUAAUUCAGAUAGAAUAAUAUAUCGAAUUAAAUGAUAAGAACGAAAGUCGUUGUAGUGAGUUUGAAGUUUAAGUUCAGUUUUAAUCAAUAGAAUACAGACCUUACUUAAAUGCUUAAUUAUUAUUAAGGAAAUAAUUUAUUAUUAAGGGAUUUCGGAAAGAUAUUCACGGUUAUAUUGUCAGUUUGACCACAAAACAAAAGGGGUAAAGGUGUGGACAGUAUUUUUCCAAUCAACUGUGAACACAGUACAAUUAUUGUACACUUUAAAGGUGUCAUUCCAUUUGCAACAACAGGAAAUUUCAAAAAUCCAGAACUCCUUGCUCGCGUUGUCCUGGCAUUUUGCCACGGCUCAUCGGAGCCUGGGGUCAGCUUGAACAAAUCCUUAGAAUUGUAGGCACUAGUUUUUACGAAAGCAACUGCCAUCUGACCCUCCAACCCAGAGGGUAUACUAGUCCUUAUUGGGAUUAAUCCGGCUUCUUCACGAUGUUUUCCUUCACCGAAAGUGAAGACUGGUGAAUAUCUAUUUCGUACAUACGUCCCGAAAAACUCAUUGGUACGAGCCGGGGUUUGAACACACGACCUCCGGAUUGCAAGUCGCACGCUCUUACCGCUAGGACACCAGCGCUUGUUAAUAAUCCAGAACAUCGUCAUUAAAAUUCUCAUUGCAAUUUCUGCAGACAACUUGAAAUGUAAUAUCCUUAAUAAAGCUCUUUUCUUGCACCAACGCAUUCGACGGCAUUGCUACCAACUCCAUUGCAAGAAAUGCAGUAACUUCAGAGAUACUGGUCCAAACCUAUUUGUUUACCUUUGAAUCAAUAUGAGAUUUUUGUGUCAAAUUGACGAUGAUAGAAAUUAUAAGAUUGUAGGUGUUAAGUUAUAUUUAUUAUUGAAUCGUAAAUAUUUUUGCAUCUAGAAUUUGCUGGAACCGUAGUAUACCACUUUCAAUUCAUAUGACAAUGGUUGUUUCGCAUUUCCACUACCUUUUCAUAUUGCAAUUCAACUGUAUUUAUAAUCAAAGAGAAUUUGAUAGAGAGGUUUGUCUAAGAAAACUUUGUAGCCACAGUAAAUUUACUGCCAUCUUUAGACACAUGAUUUAAACUUUUAGAACGCCAUUUGACUUUGAUUCUUAUUCUUUUACUGAUAUUUCCCACCACCUCCUCGUGGUCUUUCCUGGUUUACGCCGUACUUACGUAUCUUUUACUGAUAUGUGUUAAAUUUGUUUAAUAUCAAAAAGUGGCGCCAUCUAAUAUAUCAAAAACCAGUAUGGCAGCAUCGUUUCGAGCGAUAGCGCCAUAACCUUUAGGUUGUGCCCGGUAAGAUGGCGCUAUUUCAUUUCAAAAUCUCUUUAAUGGCGGCGGUCAAUACCACUGUGCGACUGGGAUAGCAAUAUAAUGAUGAGCGUGUAAUAGAGAUAGGAAUAGGCGAGCUAAUGAACGAAAUUCUCCGUGCUUAGCGUCCUUACUCUACAGGAAUUUUAUAUUGUAGACAAGUUCUUAAAUCAGCAGUAAUCAUAUUACUUUUAUUUAAGUUGCACAGUCGCUACCAGAUAUAAUCGAACGGCCAAGGCGUUGACAAAUAUCUGAAAAAAGCCUCUAUUAUUAAGACAUUAAAGUGUAUGCGUAGAUAUUUCUGAGUACCUUGGUCGCUCCGAUAUAUCUGAUGGCGUCAUGGCGACUGUAGAAGACAUGUGUCUGAGAAAAGCAUCGUAUCACAAGUCUUUGUCGUUGUUUUAUAUUUAAAAAAAAUAUUUAUUUAAAUAGGCAUUUUGGAUUAAAAUUCCCAUAAUAUUCUAUUUAUUUUCUAUACGAGUCGUUAGAAUACAAUAGUUAGUUGGCGAAAGAAAAUUAUAUAUUUUUACUUAAAUUAUUAAGGAAAACUUACGUGAUUGUUCAUGGUUACCACAAAUUCGAAAUUGAAAGUUACCUGUAAGAAAUAUUGUAAUGCAUAUUUAUAGUUAAGUAUUUGUUUAGUUGGUAUUAAAUAAACUGCAUAUUAAAUAAGUUGUGUUUUAUUAACAUUGCAUGUCUGUAAAGCUUGUAAAAUACCGGUGUAAUGUGCGAAUAUGGGUGCUAGACUAUUACAUGUAAAUAACAGUUUUUACAGUACAUAUGGUGCUACUUUACCGCACUAGUGCGAAAAUUUGCAUAUUACGUUACUGUAUCGAACAUUUAAAGGGCCAUAUGUA